AUGGAUGCUGCUCAAUGGAUCUUACGCUACCUUAAGAAUGCUCCCGGUCAAGGUCUUUUCUUACAGACAGGAAGCCCUCUUGAUAUUGUCGGCUACUGCGAUGCUGAUUGUGGUGGACUGGUGGUUGCCAGUCUACUAGACGCUCCACCACCGAUUUUAUGGUCACCCUGGGUGGUGUACCCGGCUCCUGGCGCACCAAAAAACAACAGGUGGUUGGUCGUUCCUUCGCUGAAGUCUAAUACAAGGCCAUGGCUAGUACUGUGA